UCCGCAUUCCACGCUCUACUAUUUAAGCUCGCUGAUGCAACUCGAGACGAGACUUUUAUGAGCACGAAGGAGACAGGAGCUGGUUAUAAACACAGGACAAGAGUGAUGAUGCCGUCUCUGACUCCAUUCGUGGGUUUUCCCGCCUCCACACUGAGUGAGCAGCUAAAACUGGCUGAGAUCUUCAGUCUGCAGGCUGCCAUGACCCCCAGUGAGCUCACACUCACGGGCAAGAGACGACUCAGCCUUCUCCAGAGCGAGAUGACUGAUGAGGAAGAGAGGAGAAAAAGGAGGAGAGAGAAGAAUAAAGUUGCAGCGGCACGUUGUCGCAGCAAGAAGAAGGAGAGAACCGACUUCCUUCAGCUAGAAUCAGAGCGGUUGGAGGUCGUAAACACCGUGCUGAAGUCUCAAAUUGAGGAACUGAAGCAGGAACGUCAGCGUCUCAUCCACAUGCUAAACCUCCACCGUCCAACCUGCAUCGUCCGCAGAGACAGCAUCCAGACCCCUGAGAGUGAGAAGAACCUGCUGCUGGAGCAGAUCUCGCCAUCGUGAGAUGUUCCAGAGACGUACAGGAGGUGAUUUCACCCUCAAAUCAGAUCACCUCGUGUGUUUGUGGAAGUUCAGUAGACUAUACGCUCACUUUUGUCUUAAAGAAUGGAAAGUUGGGUUUGAGAUGGACAUGAGGACAUCUACGAUGGGGUUUUUUUUUUUUUAUUUUUUUAAAACCUCAAACCAAGAUACCAAAAAAGACCGCUUCCUGUAUGUGAGACGAGACUCGGACCACAAGUCGCUCGCUUUUUUUCCUACGACUGCCUAUGUAAGAAAAACAAAAAACGGUUUUCUAUAACUCUCCGAUUUUAUUUUAUGAGUAGUGGAGAAACAGGAAGUCUCACUUGGUGUCUCGCUGAGUCAGACACGAGACCGAGAGGAGACGUCUACACUUGGACGAGCUCAGUCAGUGACUCAGACGUGUUUGAAACAAAACUUUCCUUCCAAAGCAGACCUACUUCCUGUGGAUUACAGAGACCAGUCACGUGCAGGGACGUGUGACGUACUCGAUUUCUGUUACAAUGACGUGCACGAAGUCACAGAAGGUGCAGCAUGUUACAAUUAUACAGUAUAUUGUGAUCAUGGACAUUUCAGAUCAUCACUACUUCCAUUAGAGAUCAUAACAAAAUGACUGACUUAAUGGUCACGCCUCCUAAUGAGGGGGUUUUAUUACUCUGGUACUAUUUAGCAUGUUUGUGCUAAAAAGCUAGCUAGCUGUUUUGCAUGCUAAUCAAAAUAUGUGGUUUAGCUCGCUAAAUCCCACAUGUGCAAUUGUUAACAUUAGCAUCGUAGCACGAUGUCUGGACUGGGACGUAACUCGUGGUGAGCGGAUGACGUUUGGAGAAAUGACUCCGUCACAUGACGAUAUUAAUGUACAAAACUCCCGACAGCCACCAGAUGGCGCUGUUGAUAAUCUGUUGAAUCUUUUUGUCUUUGAAAAUGAACAAGGUUAAAGUCAGAGUUUAAUAUUUUCAGGAUUUGUCAAGUGUUUAAAAGUUUAAACACCAUCAGGUUUCAUUUAAACAAAACUAAAGUAUUUAUAAGACUUAAAACUUUAUAACUUUUAUUAUUAUUAAUAAUAAAUAAUAAUAAUAAUAAUAAUAAUAAUAAUAAGAUAAACAAGUAACUCUAUCGCCCUCUAGUGCCGUACAACAGUGUCAGGGCUCAGUCUGUCUGAUACUGAGCCUGUGAUUGUAAUAAAUGGAUGUUACAUUGGUAGGUUUUUUACAUGGUGUAUUUGGUUGUAUCAAAUGCUACAUGAGACACUUUUUACAGUCAACUGAUGUGAAGAAUUUCCUGUAAUAUUACUUUUUUUUAAUAUGUUGUCCUGAGAUCUGCUGUGCGGAGUCUCCGAUAUGUCUAAUAAUAAUGCCUUUUGUUAUGUUUUGGGAAUAAAUUAAAAUUUAGAAACAUG